AUGUCGUCGAACACGCAGCAGACCGCUGCAUACACUUGUAACACAUGUCUGGUUGCUUUCCACCGCAGCGAUGCCCAGAGGGAUCAUAUGCGCAAGGACUGGCACUUGUACAACAUGAAGCGCCGCAUUGCCUCUCUCCCUCCCGUAUCCCUUGAAACAUUCAACGAGAAGGUUCUUGCCGCCAAAGCCACCUCCACAGAAGCUGCCGCCAAGGCUUCUUUCGAGAAAACCUGCCACGCCUGUCAGAAAACCUUCUACAGUGAAAACUCCUACCAAAACCAUGUCAAGAGCUCGAAGCAUAAACAGCGCGAGGCGCGUCUGCUCAAAGAAGGCGACGAUGCGUCUGUUAUGAGUUCCACAUUCUCCCUCGGAGAGCCCGUCAACAAGACCGAAGACUCCGAAGUGCACAAGGUCACCAAUGACCUGAAGUCCGCGACUAUUCAAGAGAAAGAGGAUGAGGAAGAUGAAGAGAUGACGACUGAUAAAACCUCGUUUUCCCCUUCGCAGUGUCUAUUCUGCCGUACCGAGUCGACCGACAUACAAGCCAAUAUCGAACACAUGUACAAGAACCACGGCAUGUUUAUUCCGGAGCGUGAAUAUCUGGUCAACCUCGAGGGUCUGGUACACUACCUCUACCGCAAGAUCAGCGAAAACUUUGAAUGCAUCUAUUGCCACGCUAUUCGAAACAACGCUGACGGUGCCAGAACCCACAUGCGUGACAAGGGACACUGCAUGAUUGCUUUCGAAUCAGAGGCGGAGCAGAUCGAGAUCGGCCAGUACUAUGACUUCCGGAGCACCUACUCUGACGGCGCAGACGAUGAUGAUGAAGAUGAGAUUAUGGUCGAGGAAGGCGGCGUCAAGAUCCAAGGCUCAGAGGGAGAUGACGAAGGCUGGGAGACUGAGACCUCGGCUUCUUCCGUCGAUGACGAUGAAACCCCUCACCGUAAAGCUCCUGUCGCCUGGUCAGAUGAGUACGAGCUUCACCUCCCAUCUGGAAAGAGUGUUGGCCAUCGUUCGCUUGCCAAAUAUUACCGUCAGAACCUGCACAAUUACCCCACAGCUGAAGAGCGUUUCGAGCGCCAGUUAGCGAUCGAGAAUGGCGAGAUUGAAGAGGAGGAGAAUUCCCGUGGCCGUAACCAGAAUCGUGCUGUCGUCUCUCGUGCCAAUGGCGGUAUGGGUAUGAUCGGCGCUACUGAGGCACAGAAACAAACGGCUCUUACUUCUGAGCGCCGCGAAAGAACCCGCAACCUCCGCCAAGAGAACAGGUAUCUCGCUCGUGUCCAACGGGCCAACAACCACCAGAAGCAUUACCGGGAUCCUCUCCUGCAGUGA